GAACGAUGCAGGCCAAGGACUCGGCGCAGGACCUGUCGAAGCUGUCCAUCGAGGACAACUUCGGCCACAGGUUUUUCAUCGCGCCGCACAGGCACACCAAGACGCUGUACCUCGUGCGGCACGGCGAGGGGUACCACAACCUGCACGGCGAGCCCAGCCUCGGCGGAGAUCGGGCCAACUACAAGUCGGAGAGGUACUUCGACGCGCACUUGACGCCCAAGGGAUGGGCGCAGUGCCGCGCGCUGAAGAAGCACCUCGACGAGGCGGUCACGCACGACGGGUGCGAGCACGUCAUGGACAGGAUCGAGCUCGUCGUGGUGUCCCCUCUGAUGCGCGCGCUCGAAACGGCGGUGGGCGCGCUGGGCGGCGACGACAAGUCGUGCGACCCGCCCGCCUCGAGGCUCGACUCCGCGCUGAUGCUCUCGCGAACGGCGAUCGAGGGCGUUCGACCCGCGCACGCCGCCAUCGGCACGCGCAACGAGGGGAUUCACGAGCAGCCCGGGCGGAAGGGGCUCAAGUUUCUCGCGUGCGAGCUGUGCCGGGAACACGUCGGCGAGAACCCGUGCGAUCGGAGACGGCCAAUCCGCGAGUACGCCGCCGCGUUCCCAGGGGUGGACUUCAGCGAGAUCACCGACGAGGAGGACACGGCGUGGGGAACGAUGAUCGAGACGAACGACGCGAUGUGCGAACGCGCGCACAGGUUCAUGGAGUGGGUCAUGCGCAGGCCGGAGACUCACAUCGCGGUUGUCACGCACAGCGCGUUCAUGGCGGCGAUGUUGAGGGAGUUUGGCGCCACCGAUCAGCUCGGAUGCCACGAGAGCGUCAAGCAGGAGACGCACCGGUGGCCGGACAACUGCGAGAUGCGGCCCGUCGUGGUGAUCGACCCGAGCGGCGGCGGGGGGCUGGAUCCCAUGUUCUUCCCGGGUGGCAGAACCGGGUUGGAAAACUUCGACGAUGCCGACAACGUCUAAUUCGAAUAUUUCGAUCCUUUCCCCUG